UAACACCUCCUCCCUCCCGUCAAACCUUUCCUCGAUGAAAAUAGCAAGAGAAAAGAGAAAAGGAAAUAAACUUCCGCCCCUCUCUCCCACGCUACCUCUCUUCCGCCGCCGCCGCCGCCACCUCCCAUCCAAGAUCCUCCGGCUCUGUCGUGCAUGCCACCGGAGGAAGGGCCCCUUCCGAGACCCGCUUCUCCACCGAGUCAAUUCGUGUGGGAGCCAUUGUAGUCCUCUCCCCUCGGUGCGCGGCGCCGGAGAGAGCGACAAGGAGGUCCAGCAGUCCAUGCUGCCAUCGUCCUACCUCGUCGUGUGGCGUCGAAGAGAAGGACGAGGAGGUUGAGCAGUCCGUGCUGUCUUCGCCAUCGCCUGAUCUGGUUAAAGUUGGAGGUAAGCAGCUUCUUUGGGUUCAUCCAUCUAUAGGAUUCUAUGAGGACUUGUGUUUUGAUAAUCUAGAUGCCGCCACCGUCGGCGCCUCUAGCGCAUCCACAAACUGGCGCAACCUCCCUCAGCUCCCCGCCCUCGCCCACAAGGACAAACACUAGGUCGCGCUGCCCCCACCCCACGAUGCCGUCUGCGUUGAUCUGAAGCCCGCAGAGGACGGGGAUGAGGUGGGAGUGGAGAUGCAAGUCGUCAGUAGACGGGAGGCGAUGCCGUUGGUACGGGUCACACAGGUGUUGGGGUCGAUGCAGAGCACCGGCGGAGGGUGCCAUUUUCCUCGCGUGACUCGUCAGAUCCGACCUUACGCCAGCGCCGGCUAUUGAGGAGCCGUCACACUACAGCCCGAUGCAUCCAUGGCCUGUGCAAAUCAUCAAUCAUCAUGUUCGAUGUCACCUCCCGGUUAAACUACAAGAACGUUCCCACAUGGCAGAGACAUCUGCAGGCAUUCUUAUCUGGCAGACCAGGCAGGUGGCGACAACCAUUUGGAUGAACAGAGGCAUGAUCUUUACAAUGAAGCACAAAGUUUGUCAGACAGAGUCGAUAUAUCUAACUAUCCAAGCUACCAUUGAUGAAGCACAAGAUGGUGAAAAUGUGGAAAAUCAUAUUUCACUGGCCAAAAUGUUAGAAGUGAACCAGGAAGUUAGUACUGCCAAAAGUAAUAGUAAUAUGCGUACACCAUGAUGGUCACUGAGAAAUCUGGCAUACAGAUAUGGCGUUGUGUGGUUGGAGGUGCUAAUAGGUAGUGCACAUGUGCAACAAAUAUAACUGGGAGGUGAUAUCGUAACAUCGGCAAAAAAUUACAUCAGGGACAAUUCUCUGGGCCCAGGGAUCCUCGACAUUAAUCUGGAUUUGGAAGAUAAAGCCGCUGUCGAUCAUUGAGUUCUUGGAAAUUGCUCUGCUAUGUAGUUACCUGUCGCUGUGUGAGAGAUUGUUGAUGCGGCAUGUUGUACUUGUGUUAAGCGAGUCAAAAGAUAGGGCAUGGGCGAGCUCCGCAUCCUCGUCUGCUUCUGAUCAUUCUUCCAAGAAGGAUAGCUCAUGAUGUAUGUUUAUAUAAGUUCAGUUAGUGAAGGCAAUAGCCGUUGUUCCCUU